ACAGAUUACUAUUGCUGCAAAGAACGACCACACAAAAGAAAAAUAGUAGUUUUCUAUACGAAUCGACGCCCAACCCAGCCCAAAAAAAUAGCGAAAACUAAACAAAUAUAUCUGCCGAUUUCAAUUUAGAUCAGUUAAAUCGCGUAAAAAAUAACUCGUACGGCAUGCAAACCAUCAAGUGCGUGGUAGUUGGCGAUGGAGCCGUGGGCAAGACCUGUCUGCUUAUAUCGUACACAACCAACAAAUUUCCAUCAGAGUAUGUGCCAACUGUAUUUGACAAUUAUGCGGUGACCGUUAUGAUCGGCGGUGAGCCGUAUACGCUGGGACUCUUCGAUACCGCCGGCCAGGAGGAUUACGAUCGAUUGCGUCCACUGUCAUAUCCACAAACGGACGUCUUUCUUGUCUGCUUCUCGGUGGUCAGUCCCAGUUCCUUUGAGAAUGUCAAAGAGAAGUGGGUGCCCGAGAUAACGCACCAUUGUCAAAAGACGCCGUUCCUGCUGGUUGGCACACAAAUCGAUUUGCGCGACGAGACGAGCACGUUGGAAAAACUGGCCAAGAACAAACAAAAGCCAAUCACAUCCGAGCAGGGCGAGAAGCUGGCCAAGGAGCUGAAGGCAGUCAAAUAUGUUGAAUGCUCGGCCCUCACGCAGAAGGGACUGAAGAAUGUAUUCGAUGAGGCAAUUCUGGCCGCCUUAGAGCCGCCAGAGCCGACCAAGCGGAGGAAAUGCAGGUUCCUCUAAUUUCUUUUGUAUCCAUUCGUUGUUUGUGUGUAUUUUUUUUAAAUGGUUUUUUUUCGGUUGCUUCCCUUUUUUUCUCUGCUUCGCUCUCAAAGGAAUCAAAGAAAGCCCCCAUAUAUAGCUAUAUAUAUAUUUACUCAUAUGUAUGUAUAUAUAUAUAUAUAUAUAUAUAUAUAUUUUUUUUUUUUCCCUAUAUUUUCUUUUUUAAAUUGUUUUUUUUUUCCUUUCUCAAAUUUGCUUUUUAACCAGUGCUCUAUCUAAGCCAAACCUUAAAACUUUUAUUAUAAAACUAUAUAAUUAUUUAUAUAUAUAUAUAUAUAAACAUAUAUAUAUAUUUCGUAUCUAAACUCUCUGUCCCCUCCAUAUUAAGAUAAAAGAGAAAACAAUAAAUAGUAAAAAAAAAAAAAA